AUGACAUGGGCGGACUUCAAGGCUCCUCCCGGGACUCAGUGGAACGACCCGUCCAAGAAGGGCCAAAAGAGAAACUUCAAUAUUGCGCUGGUCACGGUUGACUACAGCGACAUGAACUUCACCAUCACGGGGCCGCCAAACUCGACUAUUUUCGGCACGCCAUCAGCCGAUGCAGCCAAUAUUCCCCGCAAGGACGUGCCUGCUUGGUACCGCGAUUUCCUGAACAAGCCGGGACAGCUCAACCGAGGCCACACUCUCCAUGAGUACUGGAUGGAGGACUCUCACGGCCGAUACGGCGUGGACCUGGCAUCCUUUGGGCCAUACCGAAUGCCCCAUCUAUCAUACCAGUACGGCAUAGACGACUACAUGAACCCGGGUGCCUGUCCGCCCGGCAAAGAGUGCUCGCUCGAUAUACGAGGCGACGCACUAAGCCUCUGGAGAAGAGAUGUGGGAAAUUCAACAGCGGGCAAGUACGAGCUCGUGUUCAUCCUGACUGCCGGACAAGACGAGUCGUCAACAUGGCAAGAGUUUGGAGAGAUGAAGUUCAACAGCAGAGAGGACGUCCCGGACGCAUUUGGUCCCCCAAAGACGGCGGGAAAUGCCACGCUCCCCAACUACGCCGCAACUAGAUAUGUGCCCUGGACGUCGUGGGCCGCAGCCGCGAGCUUCUGGCCCAACGCCGGCAGUGGCUCGUCUGUCCAGUGCGAGAGUUCGGGAAUGGCCACGUUUGCCCACGAGCUGAGCCAUCUGUUGCAGAUCGGGGACAACUACAACAACCCGUACGGGACGCCGCUUCGACGGGCCUUCACGGGGCCCUGGUCGAUGCUGUCCAGGGGCACGUUCAACGGGCCCGGCGGCCCUCACACCCGGUGGCAAGUGCCUCCCGUGCGUGGAGCGUCCAUGGGAUCCCUCCACACGGUCCGCGACAAGCUCCAGAUCGGCCUCAUUGAGGAGACGAGCAUUGUCAGGAUCUCCAGGAAGAGCCUCCAGACGACGGGGCCGCUGGUCACCACCGUCACAGCGAGGUCGGUCAAGACGGACCGUGUCGGCGUGCGCGUCCUCCUCGGCACCGACAUGUCUCCCGCGUGCGACGUCAGCAAAGACCUGUACUGCGACGGGGGCGGCUACGACAACUACGACCUGGAAGUGGUGGACAGGAUGGGGGCGGAUUCAUUCCAGGGCGACGCGGGCGUCAUGAUCAGCAAGACCAGGAACAUGGACACGGCGCCCUUCCAAUGGACCAUUGACGCGAAUCCCCAAGACAUCAAGCUCAAAGACUUUGUCCGUCCCAACGGCACAGAGGCCAUGAUUACGAUGGGCGACUACAGACAGCUUCUGGAUGCGCUCUUCCACGCUGGCACACGCUCCGGGAGCAAAGCCGAGUACAGGGAUGAAGCAAACGGUCUUCAUUUUUACAUUCUUGAAAAGAUCCGUGACAAAUCCGGCGUCGUGUCAUAUACCGUCGGUGCACGGGCUCUGAAUAGCACUAGCAAGAGCGGCUUUAGCGUCAGGCUGGGCAAGGGUCGUCCGGAACCGAGCGGGAAUACGCCCACGGGCAAGGGUAUAUUCUGCUCCUUUGACCUCGUCAACGACGGGAAAUACAAUAAAGGAUGUGGUGUUACUUCCGCGCUAGAGCCGCACGUCGGCUUCGACAUAUAUCGUCUCCAGGCCAAGGUCAAGGGUAAGGGGUGGCGAACUGAGGUCCCUAAUGCAUUGGUGGCCGCCAAGUUUGGAGAGAAGGUGGUUGCCAACAUCGCCGUUGGUGCGACAGCAAAUGCGGACGAUGUUGGCGUGGUUACAUUGACGGUUACGUCUGAGUCUGAUCCGAAAGCCAGGACGACGGCGACAUGCGAGGUGCGCAAGGCUUGA